CUACAAAUUCACACAUUUUUAACAAGACUUCAUUCAGCCCUUAUUAUUUCAAGAAGUACCUCAACUCAUCAACAUGUCAAUUUCUAUCCGUGAUUCAAUCCGGUGGCUGCCCAACCCCGCUUCAGAGCCCACCUCCACUAUAGUUCUAACAUCGCCUGAGCACCGCUUCGUGGACGUCCGGAUUCUUAAAGAUAUUAAUAACGACGACCUAAGCGGCCGCCUCGACUGGGCUUUCGCAGGCAUCUCGUCUUCCGAGACUAGGAAUGGCGUGCGACAUUGCACAUGGCGUCAUGUCGUCGAUGGGCGAACGCGUACACCAGAAGAAGUAGUCGACGAAGGGGACAUUUUCCCACAGGAUGACGGGCGCACUCUGGAAACAGGGCACAUGGUGAAUCCUGAUACCGGGAAGAUGACUGAUUAUGAGGAAAUAUGGAGGGAUCUUGAACCGGAGGGUAUCCCUGAGGACACAGACGAGCAGCCACGUGCACGCUGUGUUGUGCUAGAGCUGAAAGACGCAGAGCGCGAGCAGCGAGGCAUGGUAGUCUGCCUCGGACAGCACUGUCAAGGCGUCAUGAGACAAGGCGAUAGUUUCGCCGCGGAGCGAUGGCAGUGGAUAAACGGAGAAUGGCGUCUCAAGUUCCGGGUCGGUGAGCUCUGGAUUCCCGGGCCAGAACAUAUCUACGCCGACGUCAUAUCCUCGCAAAACAAGCACAUUAUGGGUGAAAACAUGCUCCAGAAAUGGGAUGUUGUUGAAAUGAGCUAUGCAUAGAUUCAAUUUUCAAUUUCUGAAAGA